UAACUCGGCGCGUGCGCACGCCUAAACGGCUGUCGUUCCGUUUUACGAGAUAUCGAAAUUUUAAACUGUAUAUUAACGAAAAUCGAACUUAUUCAAGUGUAAACAGUGAAUGUGUACGUAUUGAAUAUUGUUAUUGUUUGUUUUUUUUUUAUAAUAAUUGUGCAAAAUAGAUCGUUGUGUUGAUUUACAACAGCUGUCAAAAUACUUCAUGGACUGUAAGAUAAACACUGCAGAAUAGAUCGCAGUUCAGUUCAACAACUUAGAGACGACCUACAUACAUUGGAAAUUUGAUUCGAUGCUGACACAGAUAACAUGAUCAAGAAAAUAUGAAAAUAUAAAAAAUGAAACGUUAAUUGAUAAUUAUCGUGAACAUGGUUUAGUGGUAAAUUCAAAAUGGCGCAUAAAGUGAAGAACAACCAUUACGUGGCUACGCACAGGUCAGAAAUGGACUCGCCAUCAUCUGGCGGAUACCUACAUAGAGGUUCGUCGAGAGAUGAAAACGACAGCCACCGGGCACCCUCCGAGAGGACAUUAUCUGAAUAUACGACGAUAGACGAGCGGACGCGGUCUCCCUCUGGCGGUGGUUCGGGAGAACAUCGCAAUGGCAGACGGCACCAGACUGGCGGUUCGCCGCGUGCUGACUCCGAUGUGUACGUCACUAGCGCCGCCUAUCGCCCACCUUCUGAAAUUAGUCGUCAGUCGCGAGCACCUCGCAGCGUGUACUCCUACAGAAGCGCGGUGGCGCCCUCUGUCGCAUCUACACAUCGCUCCAAGGUCUCCAGAAAGGCGGGGGUGAAAGUGGAGACGAUGGCAGCACCGAAUCCGUUCUGUCCGAACGUGAAAGGAAUGUGCUGUCUGAUGCUACUGCUCAAUUUGGGGCUCAUCCUUGUCACCCUGGGCUUCGUCAUCGUGCUGCAGUUCUUUGAGCCGCUCUUUGUAUGGAUUCUUGGCAUAGUAUUUUUGAUAUUUGGUUUCAUCACUCUCGUCGGCAGCCUCAUAUACUGCGUUGUGCUCUGCAGAGAAAACCCAUAUCCGAGGUACCCAGACGAUUUUUACUGGACUCACCACUGGUCCAAGACUAUUGGACCUUCAGAAAUACACUACAGCGCGAGUGAAAAGCCCUACAGACAGAACGGACACAGCGAUAGAUAUAAUAAAUAUAAUGGAAAAUAUUCUGAUAGAGAAAGUGCUAAAGGUUAUUCUGACAGAGAAAGCAAGUUAAGUAGGUACUGAAUGCAACUUAGGUUAUAAAUAUUGAGGUACUGUGCCGCAUUUAAAUCGUAAUGUUGUCACAAAUACCAUUCAAAUAUGAAUGUACUGAAAGAAGUUUUUAGGUUAGAAUUCUUAAAUGCAUUUUUUGUUUGGGAAAUCUUUUCUAUUGAAUUGAACGCCAUCUUUCUUUUUUAAUAUCAAACAGAGAAUAGAGAAGGUUAACUAUUUUAAUCACGUAGUUCUAAAGAUAAAUUCAUUAUUAACGGUUUUAACAAUGAUUUAAUUC